ACAAGUCCCAGAGGCUUCGAAGAGGACGAGCGCCAACCAUUUUGUCCAGAAACCUGCACCCUGUCUGUUAUGUCUGUCUCCUCUCUGCCGGAAUGGAAGCAACUCCUGCUGGAGAAGAAGAGGCGAGAGGAGGAGGAGCGAGAGAGGAGAGAGAAGGAGGAGGAGGAGAAGCUUGCCAGCAUGCCCGCCUGGAAGCGAGGGAUCAUCCAGCGGAGGAAGGCAAAGCAGGACAGCGUGGGUGACAGGGAGAAGGAGAGAGACGUCUGUUUCCUGCAGGUGGAUUUCAGACCUGCUUCUGAUGGUCUGAGUGACACAGACAGCUCUAUGACGGUUAAUUUGUGCAGUGAGCCCUCACUCAGUCCAGAUCCGGGCCUAUGGCUGGACGCAGACCCCAAACCAGAGAGUCAGGUGUCUGUGGAAACUAUAGUUCCACUCCAUGAAAACCCAUUCAUUCGCACGCAGAGUGCAUGGAGGAAGGGCAGGGAUGCAGAUGUAGGGAGCGAGCCAGAUAGUAAAGAGAAGGAGAAAUUGAAUCCCAGGGGUCAAGACGGAGAGCCAGGCAGAGGACGACAUAUGGAGCUGAAAAGAGAGAGGUUCAGAGAUUUGAGUGAGGGGCGGGAAAAAGAAAGAAGCAGGGACAGGAGUCAGGGAAGAGAAAGAGAUAAUAGCAGGGAGAGAUGGGAAAAAGAUAAAAGCCAAUGGAAAGAGUCUGCUAAAGAUGCAACGAGGGAGAGGGAAUUCCUCAAAGUAAGAAAAGAUGAGGAGGAAAAAGAAACAGAUCCACCAUCUGGAUCUGUCUCUCCCCACGUCCCUUGUCUGCGAACCAUCCGAGCUGACAACAUCAUCAUCAUCGAACAGGACAGGAAAGGUAGCGAUGACAGAAAGGGCAUAUGGAGGGAGAUGGAGAGGGAGAGGCCCGAGGAGGACCACCAGGUGAAGAGAGGGAUGAAAAUGGACCUGAGGGAGAUCCUGGCCGGAGGAGGGAGCGUCACAGAGAUCCGAGCCUCUGAGGUUCUGAUCAUACAGCCCUCGGCAAACCCUGAAGAGAGGAAUACAGGAGGAAAGGGGAGAGAGGAUGGAGAGAUGAAGUGCAGCUUGGAUAUGCGGAGGGAGAGUAGGGAGCUCCGAACAGACAUUUCCUGGCUGAGAGAAAAAGAGAAAGAAAGACCAUGGGGCCAGGCGACAGUUAUUAAAGAAGGCUUGAAGGACAGCUCGGAUGAUAAUGUGUUUCUUGAGAGAGGGGGGAGGGUCAGCCAGCUGCUGAGCAAAUUCGGAGAGCUCCCUAAGCCGCCAUCUCGUUCCAAAAGCUCUGAUAACUUCCUCCGGCCUGGGAGGAGAAAAUACUCUGAUGAAGAUGACCAACAGUCUGAGGAGAGGAGGGCAGACGGGAGGAACAUGCUGUUGAAAGGCGUGCCGAAGCGCUCGUUCAGCUUCUCCGAUCGAGUCGUCUGUGCAAAGGAGAACGGUUUAGGUGACGAAAGUUGUUAUGAGAGGAAAACUCGUGAGAGGACACAUUCAGACAAGAGCGUGGCGCCAUGGCUAGAGGUGGCAACAGCAAAGAUCAAAAUGGGGUGCGCACUGCUUUUAGAUAAAGACAAGUCUGGAAAGCAUAGGGAUGGAUAUGGUAAAACUAACGAAAAAGGGGGGCCGUCGCAGAAGAGAAGUGAUGCAGAAACGUGUGUCUCCAUCCAACACAGGAGUGAGGUUAAGAAAGUCGAGCAUAUUGACAAGAGGGCUGCAGAGAAGUUGGUUGAUGGAAAUGGAGAUGAGGGGUUCACGGCUGUGUCUGUCAAAAACACAGAGGGGAUCUCGUUCGCUAGAAGAAUUCCAAUCCGGCAGGAUGGGAAAACAAGAGCUGAAAGAGAAGCAAAGCGAAGUUUGGAGAGGGAGCUGAGUGUCGAGAAAGAUCCAGAAGAAGGAGUACAAAUUGAGGCACAACUUGGCGACAAAAAGGCGUCUGAUUUUCUCAGAGCGGAUGGAUUCGAAAGCGCAAUCCCACUUGAAACUAUGCAGAAUUACGUCAUGGCCCCAUCAGCAGACGCGGCAAGUCCACGCCUCACUGCUGAGAGUCACUACAGACAUGAAUCAGCUUUCACAGAGUGUUCCAGUCUACUCUGUACAGUCACAGAUAAAGCCAGAGACCCCCACCGAGGGCCAGAGUGGAGUGGUGCAGGACCGCAAGGACCCUACCAAGCACACUCUGUUUUGUCCCAGCAAACGGAGGAUCUUUUGAGUAAAAUAGAAAAAAUAGGGGACACAACUGUUUAUAGCAGCGAGAGAGGGGACAGGGCGUACAAGGAUUCUCCUGAACCGCCCAAAGAGUGCAAAAAGGAAGGUCAACAUUACGACGUCGGAUCAGAGAGCCUCAUUCAUGACGCAACACCCAGAUCUCCAAAAAGGGUCGCUCCUCCAGGUCCCCUCGAGAUUCAAAUCCCCAGGACUGUGUUUUAUGUUGCAGAAGAAGUGGCGGAGAGAAAAAAGGUUGUGGGUCAAAACAACGAAGAGCGAGACUGGGAAGGAGGACAAGGUGUAGAGAGGAGGGAUAGCUGGAGGAUCGGAAAGCCCUUGAGCCGAAUCGAGUCCCUGCGAGAGAAAAUUAGACAGAAAGAGCUGGAGAGGCUGAGACAAAGGGAGACACGGGAUGGAGAGGGGAGCGAGGCUGCAGAGGUCAAUGAGACUCAGACAGCUGGGGAGAGGUAUGACGAGAGGGGAAGUGAAAUAGAGCCAGAGUGGGAAGCUGCAGCUCACAUGCGGAAGAAGGUGGUUGAAGCAGAUACAGUACAGGAAGACGCAGCAGCGCAGACAUCCAUGGCUGGGUUUGACGUCACGCAGGAAGUGAUGAAAACCUACCCUCAGCUUCCUGUUUCUGUCCCACACUCAGAAGCCGACAGAGGAGAGGAAGUAACAAGUGGGUAUGCCACCGCUGCUGCCGAAGUUAUCUCUGACAGAGCUCAGAUAUCUGAUGAAGAAGACGACCCCCUGCAACAUGAAGAAGAGCAGCUGAGGUGCGACAAGGGCCGACGCGAGAGCAGAGAAGAAGAGAGGGAGGUGGAAGAAAAGGCGCUGUCAGUGGAGGAGGCGGAAGAAUAUACAUCACCCCUCGAUCCCAAACAAUCUCUAUCCCCUUCGCCCUCUCAUCCCAACUCCCUCGCAGCCAUGAGUCGGAUCUACAACUUGGAAAGUGUCCGCUCGAGAUCAGGUUUGUGUCUGAGGGAGAGGACUGUAGACAUCCCGUCUGUGCAACUUGUAAAAGUGAAGACCCACAUAUCAAACGCACAGCAGGGGGACAGCAAAGCUCUGGCAGGUGAAGACAUUUGUGCGGUUCAGAAGAUACAACGACAGAUAGAGCAGUUUCAGCUGAAGGAGCAGGAAGCACUUAAGUCUAGUACAUCGCCAAGCACUUCUCUUAAGGACAGAGAGACGAAAAGGCAGCAAAGCCCAAGAGGAGGGUCAAAGCACCAGGUAAAGGACGAUUUCCAGACCCAGGAGAAGGAUCAGUCAGAAUCAAACUACAAAGCGUCGCCUCUACGUGUUUGUUCUCCAACAUCUCAACUCAAACAAACUAUAACCGUCAACCACUCAUUUCUCAGGACCCAAUCCCCAGACAAUUCUCUGAGACCCUCUGAUUGUGCCCCAACGCCUGCUCCCUCUCCAAGCUCCCCAUCUCCUACCCAGUCUCCCAGUGUCUCUCCAUCACCCAGCCCAUCACCCACGCUCUUCUCCAUCAGGAGUGCCUCUGGGGGCAAAGUGAAGAGAGGUGCCACCAUCACAAUAAACCCAAAAAGGAAUGCUGCUGGAGAAAGAGGAGGAGGUGGAGGAACGGGGUCCACAGCAGGGUCCACAACAUCAGCAGACUCCACUCCCGCAAAGACUACAAUGCAGCAGGCCCAGGUAGCCCCCGCUGCGGCCGAGCCAAUGAAGAAGAAGUACCCCACAGUGGAGGAGAUCCAGGUGAUUGGUGGAUAUCAAAAUCUGGAGAAGUCUUGUCUGGUCAAAUACAGAGGGACCACGAAAAGGGUGAAGGUGUGUUUCGACGAGGACCAGCUGGAGCAGGUGUGUGAGUACCCGUCAGAGAUGUCCAUGUUGGCGUGUGUCCCACACCCCCAUGACGUGGGGAGGCUGGAGAGGCAGCAGGGAGAGGAGGCGCAGGAGGAGGAGGCUGAUGUGGACGGAGGAGCGAUCACGUUCAAGAGCACAAGGAACGCUGGGGCCGCAACGGGACAGGGUCUAAGAGUGGGUCAGUGCCGCCCUCUUCUCAAAAAACAUAGUGUGUAAUGAGAUUUUCCAUGAUCUCAUGUUAAACUCUCAAUUAGUUUAGACGUCUGGACUUACGUAAAAGAUAAGGAUGGUAAAAUGUUAUAUUUUUCAGCAAAUUCCAUGAAAAGACCAAUGAAUUUAUCCAAAGAACAAGUAUUGACUUGUGUAUCCAAAAGCUAAUACGGCUUAUUCUUUUGUGCCAUACUACUCCAGUGUACUACUACCCCCCCCCCCCCCCCCCCACAUAGAUGAGCCACACCAUGUACUGGACAUGUCCUUUCAUUACAAAGAACAUGAGCACUGUGUUACACUUAAUACCAUAAUACUCCCUACCACAAAAAAGUAUAUAAAUCUGCAGUUCCUAAUAGCUACAUUCAGUAAUAAAAGCACUAUUUACUCAUGUGACUGACAACAAGAACCUCCAGCUGUUUUAGUAUGAAACAAACAACAUUGAUUUGCAUCGUUAGUAGGAUCCAAUGAGCUUUGGGCUACAGACAGGCUAGUGAUUUGAGAAAGUAUAAAUGGAAAAUGGCUACUGAGUCAGUCUGCAAAAACAUUCUCUCAUUUACUCUGUACUGCAUUCAAAACAUGAAUUUUGUAUUUGUACCAUUAACUCCUGUACCAAAACCAUUUGGUGUGUACUCCGACAGAGGACGUCAAUAAUUAAAGAUGGUGAAACACAUCUUCUGAGCUAGCUUGCUAGCUAGCUGUGUUAGCAGGUUUUUUGGUCACUAUCGUGACAUGAAGUUUAUUCAAACAUGUACAUUUAUUUGUACCGUCAACUCCUUUCUUGUACCUGUUCUUGGAAUUGAACAUCAUUUAACUGAACACAGUUAUUGAAGGGGAAAAAUAUAUAUUUGAGCUAACGGUCAGUUAGCAAGCUAGCUGUCAACAGGACAGGAAGUUUGUACAAAUUGUGUAUUUAUACCAUCAAGUCCUGAAAACCAUCUGCAAACCAUUUUAAAUGCUGAUCUGACUUAAUAUAUAUAUAUUUUGUAAAUGGGGUUUGUUGGCAAUAAGCAAAAUCUGGAAUAACACCAGCACUUUAAAUAGAUUAACUGACUAACUAUCAGACAGAAAUAAAUAUAAGAAAAUAAAAGAAUCACAUGCAACAUUAUGCAGCAAUAAAAAAAAAUCUAAAUUGGAUAAAAUUGAUGAUUAUUGGAGAACAAAUGGAAUGGUAUGAUGUUGCAUUCAUGGUUAUCUAAAAACCAUUAAUGUAACUGUUGGUGAAUGGGAUUAAGUCAGCUCCAAAUAUGAAAAAUGGAAGAAAAAAAGUUAUAGUUCUAGAUUCACCUUAUUUACCUUCCAUCUCCAUCUCUCUGUCUUCCAGAUGAGUCUUGCCCUCGGUGAUCUUCGCCAAAAUUGCCCUUGUGAUGAGAUCACCAACGUUUUGUCGAACAAUAUUCUGAGGUUUUUAUCGUGUUUUGUUUCAUUUUAAUAACUGAGCAUUGAAGUGGGGUGUUUUGUGAUGAUGGUGUUUUGUUUUAUCUAUAGUUAUUGCAUCAGAAUGAAUGAUUGCUGUGUAAGAAAUGUACAGUUCAGGUUGAUUUAUCCAGUUGUAAAAGAGACAUGUAUUUGUGUUUAUUUUCAGGGAACUGGAGGGACAAAUGUGAAUGUAUAAGAAUGGUACAUAUUGUAGAAUUAUUACAAAAACCAUUUUGUAAUAUAAAAAAGACCCUCAGGUGUGCACUGUUAGGUGAUGAAGGAUCAUUUGUCUAUGCAAUGCAAGGAAACUUGACAAUAUUCAAAUUUUUUAGUUACUGCAAUUGAUUUUGUCUGUGUUAAUUAUUUUCUAAAUUUAAAUCAGCACUGCCUCAGCACAGAAGAGUGAUGUUUAUAUCAUCUGUUUUUUCGUGUGCCUGCUGGAUUUGCCCAUACAGAUGAUAUAAAAUGUAAGUUCAUGAAUAUAUUUGACAUUUCUUUUUGUUGUGUUGAACGUUGCAGGAAUGAGCUUCGUUGUAACGUGAGGGGUCUUUGUCUUGUGUGGGGGUUUAUUAGAGCCUUACUGUUCAAAAACAACUCUGCUAACAGUACAGUUAAAGUGUAUAUGGAUUGAAAUAAACACAUUAUUUUGUUAUCUUUGUCAUGUGGAA